UCGAGUAGUCUGCGCUGGCGAUGUGUCCGUGCGUACUAAUGCUCCGUUUGCUUGCUGAACUUGGAUUCGAUUUGUUCACCAUAUAAGAAAAAAGGGCAAGCGAAGCAGCAGCUUUAAUAAUGGCGUACUUGAGCAUGGGAGAAGCUCACAGAAGAAUAACGGAAUACCUAAAUCGCUUCUCCGACGCCGUUUCCUUCCAAGACGGUGCUUCUCUGAAACAACUCCUCUCCGUCUCCUCCAACUCCCCUUCUCUCCUCUCCCUCGCCGAUUCUCUCAAUGUUUUCCAGAAACAGGAGGCAAAUAGAUUAAUUAAGCAAUCAGACAAGUACUCGCAGUUUGGGGAAAUAAUAGCACCUUUUUUCCGUUGUCUGCAAAGUUAUAGAAUUGGCAACCUGCUCGAUGCUUACCACGCCUUCGAAAAAGCAGCCAAUGCUUUUCUUCCCGAGUUUCGGAAUUGGGAAUCAGCGUGGGCUUUGGAGGCAUUGUAUGUUAUUGCCUAUGAAAUUAGGAUUCUUGCAGAGAGGGCGGAUAGAGAGUUAGCUUCCAAUGGGAAAUCACCAGAAAAAUUGAAGGGAGCUGGUUCUUUCCUCAUGAAAGUGUUUGGUGUUCUUGCUGGAAAAGGACCAAAACGUGUGGGAGCAUUAUACGUGACUUGCCAGCUGUUCAAAAUUUACUUCAAACUUGGUACAGUUCACCUUUGCAGAAGUGUGAUACGCAGCAUUGAAACUGCUCGAAUUUUUGAUUUUGAGGAAUUUCCUAAAAGGGAUAAGGUCACCUACAUGUAUUACACUGGUCGUUUAGAAGUUUUUAAUGAAAAUUUUCCUGCUGCUGAUCAUAAAUUAUCGUAUGCCUUAAUGCACUGCAACCCCCAUCAUGAAGCAAAUAUCAGGAUGAUUUUAAAAUAUUUGAUACCUGUGAAGCUUUCAAUAGGUAUUCUACCCAAAGAUCAGCUUUUAGAGAAGUAUGGCCUAGUUGAGUACAGUAAUGUCGUCCAAGCUCUGAAAAGGGGUGAUCUCCGGCUGCUUCGACAAGCUCUCCAGGAGCAUGAAGACCGGUUUCUAAGGUCAGGUGUAUUUCUUGUCCUGGAGAAGCUAGAACUUCAAGUUUACCAAAGAUUGCUAAAGAAAAUUUACAUCAUCCAAAAGCAGAGGGACCCAAGCAAAGCUCACCAGAUGAAAUUGGAAGUAAUUGUUAAAGCAUUAAAGUGGCUUGAGAUAGACAUGGAUUUGGACGAGGUGGAAUGUAUAGUGGCCAUAUUAAUAUACAAGAAUCUUGUGAAAGGGUACUUUGCUCACAAGAGCAAAGUUGUAGUAUUGAGCAAGCAGGAUCCUUUCCCCAAGCUGAAUGCAAAGCCUGUUAAUUCAUAGGAUGGCGGAGAUUAUUCAUAAACGAGUUAAAUUUGUCCAGCUCACAUGGCUUUUGUUCAUAUAUAUAUAUAUAUAUAUAUAUGAUCAGCUAUGAUUGUGCUGUGUAGGUUGUGUUGAAGUUAAAAAAAAAAUUGAAGUUUCUUGUAAUUGUGCACUUAUUGUGGAUGUCUAGUCUCAUUGCAUUUUACUUGCCCCUACUACAAAACAGAAUCUGCUGUAUCGAGCCUGUUGGUUUCCCUCUUUCGAGUGAAGCCUUGAACCGUUAAAAAUAGGUGUUACCCAGGAUUUUGUCA